GUAAUGGGUUUGCUUCACCAAUAGAACUAUCAUCAAGACCAUCUUAAGUACUUCUAUCUAACCCUAAGACUAAGAGUCGAUACUUAUAGUAUAUCUUCAUCAGGUCGGUCCAGGUGCAUCAGGAGUAGAAAAGAUGUCGUCGCCUCGUCCGUACCUUUGCGCAUUGCGCUCGGUGAUCACGUUGUACGAACUUGAAGAGCGAUCCACGACGAUCGGCCGCGACGCGAACAACGACUUAGUCUUGGAUUCCUCGAAAGGAAUAUCCCGAUUCCAUGCGAAACUUGAUUGUAAGUAAAAAAAUCCCUUGCCACCUAAGCAGGACUAGGAGUAAGAGUAAAAGCCAUUUAGUCAAAUUUUCUUUCCUUUAAGCGACUGCUUGUAUGUUGGGACUGUCCCAGAACAUACUGAUCUGGGCAACUCACCAUGACAUUCUAAAGUAGGGAUGCAUUGAAUGAAGGGAAUCUACAACAACAACAACUCUACUUGUGGUUUUGUUUCAUCUCAUUCUCAAGAAUUGUAAGUAUACAAAGCCAUAGCCAAGUAUAGCACCAGGUCUACAGCCUCCCUCUGCAUUUCGCGGUGGGCGCGGCGACGAGGGACGGUUCCAAUUGGUGGAUCUAGGUUCUGCUAACGGCACUUUUGUGAACGGCGAGCGGCUCGCGUCUCAUGAAGGUCAUUUGCUGAAACAUGGUGACCUCAUUUUCUUCUCUGCGUAUUCUCGGAACUGCAUGCGCUUUGAGGUGUUCGGGGCGCCCGAACUCGGCAACCUAGACGCCAAUGUAAACAUGCCGCCAGGGCGCGAGCGCAUGAUCGGCGGCGACAGCGCAGGUCUGCGCAGUCUGUCCCGCAGUGGCGGCGUCCGCGCAACGACGUAUCCAGCGCAUUCAGGUGAUGACGCGUCUAGAUACGAUUGCUCCUUCUACGAAGAUGCGGCAACUUCAAGUGCGACGCCGAGAAACCGCUCACAUAGCGCCAUGAGACGACGGACUACAGGUACUUGGUUACGCAGGAACACGAACAGCAUGAUGCGAAAAUUUUCUCCACUUGCCCUAUGAUAAACAAGAUAGAAUGUUCAUGCGACUGCUCUUUCUGUCACAGAGAGUGACUGCGCACUUAAUGCUGAAAACUUUUUCCUGCAGUGAGCUUAACAGUUUCCCAUCUUUGUUUUCUUCAGCGCCGGAUCCGGCAUUUCAGUACCGGACGAAAGCGGGCAGCAUAAAGUGCAGGCCUUUGGCGGAAGUCUUACCCUCGAGACAAGGCGAUCCAUCUGAGUCACCAUCCAGAAAGCGGUUUCGGGAGUUGAAUGAAAAAGCUGAGCGUGAAGAAUUCGAAGCAUUCAAAGCAGCACAUGGAGACAUCGAGAUCCGUAUAGAUAUUUAUAUUAAUCGGCAUCGCAGUAGAUAUAUAGUAGCUAGGGUCCUUGUCUCUGGGUCUGGUUGUGGGUUUAUUUGGUGAACCGGUACCCCAUAGCGAAUAAACCUGCGCACACAACCAGAGGGCUGAGCACUCACCGGAGGCGUUGCGCAGGGCUCCGGCCUGCCUUUGAAGGUGAGACCUAUGGGGCUGACAGGACGACGAUAGCGCCGGCGCACAAUUAGUUUGAGCAGAUAGGAGGACGCUUGGCGAUAAUUCCCCUUUUCUCUUUUCUAUCUUCCUCGGGUCUUUCUUUUUUCUAUUUAGGUCGGCUCCACCACAUAUAUUUAUCGGCAUCUAGUACUUCUUGUUCUACGUACAUAUACACUACAGGAAGAUAGUGCUUGUUAUUUUGCGCCGUUUUGUGAAAUAUUACGAAGGUCGAUUUUUGCACUCAUCUGCUGUAUGCAAUGAAUUCAUUAAAAAGUCACUCGUGCCAAUCCUUCAUUUCCAUUUUGACAGCCCCAACGGAUCAGCCGUUGCCUGGGCAAAAGCCGCCUGAGACGCGGCAUUCACGGAUUGGCAUGAAUCCCGAAGUUAAAAACCAGCUUCGGGAGCUUGAGUCGCGUCUCGAUGCGCUCCAGGAGAUGAAGCAGCAAGCUGCUCGCGAACCACCACCAGUGCCCGAUUCGGUGUGGGCGUCGCUGCCUUUCUCAGCUGCGAAUUUACAUUAAGGCUCGUCAGGUCCGCAAGCCAUUUUCUGAAGCUCAAGCAUGUAAAUCAUAAUUAAGUAGCUCUAGUGGGUGGAGCAAUAUCGACGUCUCUGCAACGGCGAGAACAGCACAGUUAGUAUAGUGUUUUCGGGCUGAUUUUCUGAUGUGGAUGAUCGUAGAAAUCGAGGGAGUUCUAACUACAACAGGCGUGCAGCGUGUUGGAAGGUUUGCUUGCGACCGCUAUGGGUAAAGACCGAAACAUUGCAGAGGUGCUGUCACCACAUUAAGAGUUGGAGAUUGAUAGUGGCUCCUUUGGCGUACUAGGCUAGUAGUCCCUCGAUCAAACUAGGAGUAGGCGACUGUCCUGGCUACGAACAGAGCAUCUUCUUGACUACUGAGAAGAAAGAAACCCAAACUUCGUCUAAGCAUAGAAGCUGAACAGUGCGAGAGCACCGGAGCUGCAAGCGUUGAUCUCUGCGGCAGAGCAGGAGAAUGGGGAAAUCGUAUUUCCCGACCAACUACCGCGGAAACUGUUGAGACUAGCAGAAAAACUGGAAGCAGCGGUGACGCCAGACGAGGACUGUGGACGCGCAAAACGUAAGAAGCGACGAAAACGAGGACCAGCCAACCGCACGGGCGGAUUCAUCGUUGGAAACCCAGCCCCAGAUCAGAUGCCGGAAUCCUUUUGGUGUAUGCGCAGGGAUCUUAAUAAAGAUACUAGAAUGAAUCUUUAGAUGAACAUGACCAUCUAGGAGGCAGGUGUUACCGAAUGUCCAUGUCUUUGAUUUCUUUCCUUACGCUGAUGUCUGGACGAGGGUACUGGCAGGUGCUUGUGCGCAUGUAUGUAUUGAAAUAGCUGUAGCCUAGCGUCUUAUCCAUGCAUGUUCUAGUUGUGGUUCAUGUCACAUGACGAUGACCAUGGCUACGACAGUCUUUAUUUGUUUUCUUUUCCUUUGAUUGUCAUUCAAAGCUCGCGGAGCUGCGACGUCCGAACGGGGGCGCGAAGGCUCUGCAUUGAGCAAAGAGGAGCGGGAAUUCCUCCAGCGAACGGUGCGUCGGCAAGAGGAUGAGUUGACUGAACUGCGAGAACAACUUGGUCACUACUUGAAAUACUUUCCGGAUGGAUUCAACUCUCUACUCAGUUACGAAAGAAACGCCUACUCAGAAAGUAGACGAGUUAGGACUCAUCUGCUCUUGAUACAACAUAGGAAUCGGCUUUCUUUAGUCCAUUUGAUGAGCGUCGAUACGAAAACCAGUACCAGUAGCUAGAGCUGCUUGAAGCAGAUUGAACCUGAUGUACUCCAUUGAGCUGAAGAACUGCUCACCGGUGUUGAGCGCCGACUGUUAUCAGUCUGACUUCCGUCUCAUCUAAUCAUCGAGCAAUGAGCAGUCUGGAGUUGGAAAUUUUGCUAACUGGCGGGAUCGCUUAGCGUUGAACCCAAAGCUGACAGUGGAAGAAAGCGCGCAGCUUCUAGUGAAAAUCACCGAUGCGGAACGCCUUUGCGGUGAGUAUCAGCGCCGGCGGGAAACGGUGCGGCGGCGUUAUUUGAACCUUCAGGAACAGGUUCGCAAUAUGCGCGACCAGGCAAGACAAUAUGUCGACCAAGUAACACGAUUGCGCCAGCUAUGAAACACAAAUCCUUGUUGAGAGAUUUCCUCAAGAAAAGUAGACAGGAUGGAAUAAUGUGCAGGUGGAAGUGGCCCAGGUUCCUUUUUGAGCAUAAUGAGUAAGCUGUUUCUUUUCAUACUAGCAAAAUGGCGGAAAGUGUCCGGAAAUGCUCAGAAUUAGACAGGAACGACAUCUACAGCGACGACGCGGUCUUUCCAACUCUAUUACAUCGGGAAAAUCUGGCGGCGCUGGGGCAGUCGUAGCUUCUUCUGACGAAGUAGGUCAGUUGAAACAGUUAUGUUCUGAGAAAAAUUAGAGUUGGCAGUGUCAUUUUUAAUCAAUUCAGAGAGGAUGAGUGCGUUAAUACGGUGUUGCACGUAUGUCCGUGUUUCGCUCAAUAGAAGAAGAUAGGAGCUCUCCGAUAUAUAGCGCGCAAAGUUCGUCUUCGUAUGCUAUACUAUGUAUGUACUUAGAUGUUGAUGAAGUGUUCACUUUCAUAUUGAAACCGCGAUACACUCGAGUUCCAGUCUGUUGCCGAUAAGCUGGAAGCGGAGGCUCAGUCGCUUCUGAUGCGUCUUUUCGAUGCAGAAGUAUCAAAGUCGGUGUUAACAGACGAGUUUUAUGGAAGGGCGAGGUCUAUACAUAUUUAUAAAUAUAUCUCUUUUUUUUUACUAAUAAUUUGUAGCACGUUGGAUUACGAUUUGAUCAUCAUGAUGCUGCAUGAUCUUCGUUUCAGAAAAAUGUGCCCAAUUUUUCUUGAUUAUAGCACCCAUAAGCAAGGUCAACAACGCCGUUCCGAUCUCAUUGCGAGCACCUACCUUUCUCAUUCCUCACGGUAGGGCCUUAGGUGGCAGAAGCCAGGAACUUCCACUCUGAGCGCUCUACUUUAAGUAAAUUGCUGUCUCAGUCAUAUCAUCUGGAGUACUUCUACUUUCCUAUUCCUACUUUUUCAUUUUUCUGUUCGCUCAUACUUCUAACUCUCAUACAACUUACUUAAUCUUUCCAAUCUUAAACUACCUCAUUGACUGCAGAUUAACCAAUUCCACCCAACACUCUUAGGGACAUUAACACACAAACAAAAACGAAAAAUGUCAUCCAGCAGCAAACCGCCUCUCUGUCCUGUGAUCAGGAUUUUGCUCAUCUCAAGUAGAAUAUGUUUGUUGACUAUCUAAGGUUCACAAGCUGACUGUAGCCCUCGUAAGUCAUAACGAUAACAAGUCCUUCAUAUGAUGGAUGCGCAGCAUUUUAAACUCAGAAAAGGGCGUCAGGCGUUAACCCUGUUGGUUGUGAUUGUGCAAGUAACUACAAUCGAUCCUCUAAUUAGUGGAAUCCCACGUGACGCGUCGUGAAACCUACCAGACAGUGAUCGAGGCAAACGCGGAGCAAACGUGUGAGAAUCUUGCCAAAAUCAGCAGUGCGGAACGCGUAUUGAUGCUCGAAAAACUCUGCGAAAGUCUAGAAUGAUAUGGCAAAUUCAUAUCCAACAAACGCCCAGUUUAGUGAGACCUCUACUCUUCAGUUAAUGAUAUUGGCAAGCAUAGUUGUACCCAAACCCAUGGAACUCAAUCAUGUGGAUGCUGACAAGACCUUAAAAGCGUUUAAAAUAAGUGCGAUGGAAUUAUAAUUAGUUACCGAGGACUACACCUCCAAGCUAGAUGGUGAUGGGUCUUGCAUCUCGAGCGCUACUUCUAAAUCCGGGAAUUGCUGCGGGAGACAAAACCGGAUGUUCACAACCUUGUGGUUCGGUCAAGUUUGCCGUCUCAGCUGCCGAACUUACACGUAGAUGCAGGCUGGACGGCAGGACAAGACCAGAGCAGUAAAGAAGAACAACAGGAUACUGUGUGGUCGAUGCGGGCGUUGUUGGACGAUAUCUUGGCGAGGAACGCUGCCCUGGAAGAAAAAUUGCUCGAGACUGUUCUUGACGGAGCGAGUAAAGCACCGCAAUUGCACGGUGAAGAGCAGCCAGACGAAAAGAGACGAUCUUCACCUGGGCCAAAUAAGUCGAACAAAACUCGUUCACGGUCUGGUUCUCCGCGCAAGCUGAAAAAUGAAGAUGGCAACGAUUUUGAAGUACUCCAGGGGGACAUGACGUCGCGGGGCCGAAAUUGUCGCCGACAUGUCGGCGUCACCCUCUACGAGGGCGCGCUAAAGCGGAUGUCCCCAGCAAAUUCACGCGUGCGCGAUGCUGCAGAUGCAUCAAAUGGGGGUGCACGAGCACUGCGAUUUGAUGGAGACCGAUGGAAGGAAGCAAGAGGUGGCGACGCAGGCACUGAUUAUUUCUAAGACCAUAGACAGAUACAGGUAAUCAUAAUUCAUCUUUGACUUUGAGGUGGCUUUGAGUUUGAGAGCAUCCCUGAAAAGUAUGAGUGAGAUUCUAUCCUAAUCCUGGCACACUUCAAGGAUGCAGGUCAAGUAAGCUGAAUAUCGGACAGCCCUAAGAUUACGGUAGUAAAGGAGGCUGCUACAAUGAAGACUUGCCGUAAUUCAUCUUCAGGCAUCUUUGGACACGAUUUCAAGGGGAAGUCACGUCAAAGAUGCACUUCAAGAUGAAUAUUGGGAAGGUCUAAUACAACGCUUCGGGAGGUUUAGCAGACAAGCGCUCGCUAUCCCAAGCGGCGCGAUAUCGGAGUUUAUCGAAUCCGCGUGUUCGAGAAAACCCACAUAUUCUCGAUGACUUGGGUUCAUCCUGUAGUAAUGAAGAAGAUGCAAUUGCAAGUUCCGCCCCCUCGUGGUCCCAGAUGCUGGCUGCACCACCCGAAGACGGUAGAGGAGAUGGUAGAAGUAGUAAAAGUAUUAAUGUGAGGUCGGGCCCGGGCAGAGGAGGAACUGGACGAGAUGGAUCGUCACGGCGUGGGCGCUCGCCGCGCAGCAAUGAGAAAGUAGAGUCUGCGUCAGCAGGUGGUCGGAAGCGGGAUCACAAGAAAGACGAAUUCACAGAAUUGGAAGCAGGAUUCAAGGACGAGUGGCGUCCUAGUGUUAAGGUCAGCAUUUAUUCAUCUUUCUCGGCAUCUCGAUGCAUUUUCUCCUUGUAUUUCAUGGGAAAGGGGUCGAGAUGAGGGGGCCGAGAUGAAUGCCAGCUGCGUCGAAUAGUGGCGGAAGGAUGCCGGACGCAUUCCACUUUGACGGCAACGACGAGCGGGCACGCAACCCGUCAGACUUUUGGAGUGCGAAUAAACUAGGUGCGGGGGGAUCCUCGUCAUCCUCACGGGGAGCCGCGGGUCCUGUAGUGGACCAGGAGGAGGCGGAAAGACAGGACCAGGCAGAGCGACUCCGCCGGCAAGCGGAGGAUAACAUGGCCGAAGCUUCGUCAGCUCUGUUUGCUGCCGCACUCAUCCCAACUGACAGUGCGAUCUUGCCGCCAGGAAGGCGGUAGAAGACAUGCAGGUGUCAUUUUUGUUUGUCGUCAAAUUCGAAAACAAAAUGUUUGUGUGUAAAUAAUUCAUUGUUAAAUAAAUCAUUGAUUUUGAUGGCAGUGUUCUGCUCCUUCUCAUGUAUGACUAGGAUGUUGAUUGAAGUUGUCCGCUCACAUCAAACUCGCUCUCCUUGAAUGUAUCGACAGCGAAACGUCCACGUCGGUAAUAUUCCGAUGCAGUUUUUAGUACAUCAGAAACUGGCAGUGGCAAAGAUAUUUUUGUGCGCUUCUGUAAACCUUGGUGGACCUUCGUGGUUCGUAGGCG